AAUUAGCAUAUCUAUCACCUCAAACAUUAAUCAUUUAUUUGUGUUGAGAACAUUUAAAAUCUACUCUUCUAGCUACUUGAAAAUACAUAGUAAGUUCCAUGAGAUGUGAGCAAGGCUGGUGCUGGGGCUUCUUCUCCUGAAGGGGCUGCAAGAGGGAAGACUUAGCCAUGUCGUCCUUGAUCAAAACGGUGAUCAGCACCGCGAAAGCCCCAGGGGCCAUUGGACCCUACAGUCAAGCUGUGUUAGUCGACAAGACCAUUUACAUUUCAGGACAGAUAGGCAUGGACCCUUCAAGUGGACAGCUUGUGUCAGGAGGGGUAGCAGAAGAAGCUAAACAAGCUCUUAAAAACAUGGGUGAAAUUCUGAAAGCUGCAGGCUGUGACUUCACUAAUGUGGUGAAAACAACCAUUCUUCUGGCUGACAUAAAUGACUUCAAUACUAUCAAUGAAAUCUACAAACAGUAUUUCAAGAGUAAUUUUCCUGCUAGAGCUGCUUACCAAGUUGCUGCUUUGCCCAAAGGUAGCCGAAUUGAAAUUGAAGCAGUUGCUGUCCAAGGACCGCCGACAACAGCAUCACUAUCUGACGCUGUGACAGACUAAGCGUAUACUGGCCUGGAUCUUUCUCCCUUUGCUGGGAGAGCCAUUUCUUUAGUCAUCAUCUGUACCGAGCAGUUGUCAACUAUGAAUUUCCUCAGCACUUGUCAGCUGGGCUCAGUUACUAGGGUUUCUGCAGAGACUGGCUCCACCUGCUUUUCUGCACCAAGAUGUUGACAACUUCUCUGUUUUUCCUUCUUGGAGCCAUCUCAACCCUCUUUGGUGGUAAGAAGGAGAUGAAGACGUCAGUCAGGUAGCAGCUGCCACAACCCACAUAAUACCAAUUCAACCUACAAACACAAUCAUGAGAUUUCUCUUUGCUGGUAACCAGACAAGAGGCCCAUGCACACUGUAAUUCUGUCCAGUUGAGAGGUGAGGCAACAAAAAUCUGCUUAGAUUGACAGCAAACACAUAAGUAUUGUGCCUGAGAAGUUCUUAAGCAGGCAGGCUUGAAUUUACAUGUUUGUUUACUUUGUCUCUCUGUACUCUCUCCAUCUUCUCUUGUAUUUCCUUAAUGAUGGUCUUCUGGUUCCAUCUAGGAUCAUGUUAGGCUCAUACUUCAGGUUCUUUCCUUUAUUAUUUCAUUAGUCCAUGGAGUUUUAGCUGUUCUUGUGUCCUUAUAGUCUGCAAAUGCCAGAAAUUGUUCAAAUGGUCACCUCUUGCAUCAUUUAGUUUCUGCUGCAUAACAAAUUACCCCAAAACUUAGUGGCUUAAAAUAACCACCUUUUUUUUUUUUUUU